AUGGAGCUAAAUUGCAAUGAAGGCGUUCUCCACCAGUUAGUGAUCGGAUUCUUUUAUUCAGAUGCUUUGUUCGUAACUAAUUCUCAUAGGAUCGAGGAGGAGCUGGGCACUACCAUUGUCCCCGGCACAGAGAUUAUGGCUGACGUUGGCACACACCACUUUAUGAAGUCUUCAUCAAAGUCUGAUCGCGUCCUGGUGCCCCAACCCUCACAAGACCCUCAUGAUCCUCUGGUAACUAGUACUUCAGUCCCUUCAAUAUAUGUCUUCAUUGCUGAUCCUAAGUCUGGGGCAAAGAACUGGAGCCGUUACUGGAAAAUGAGCUCCAUGGUUAUUGUCACAUUGACCACCUUUAGUCAAGGUUUCGGGCCUCUAGCUCUAGCACCAAUGUUUCCAGAGAUGAUGGAAACGUUCAAUAGCAGUUUAUCUGAUGUUGUUCAGUUCACUGGUGUUUGUAUCCUUGUUUUGGGCUUCAGCAAUUUCUUUUGGUAG